AUGGCGACUUACCACAGGUAUUUGAUCCUGUUGAUGAUGAGUCGGAUAUUAUCAACAUCUGUGGCAGAAAGUUUUUCGACAAAGGAUGACUUAGUUGUUGCCAUCAAAGAAAUGCAGAAAGCCAACCACUUCAGCUUGGUGAUGCUUCUUAAUAUGUUGCCAUCAGAUAAGUUACCGGAAAAUAUCACGUUCUUGAUGCCCAAUGAUCGAUUGCUAUCAAAUAUCUCAAUGCCUGAACAUGAAAUUGCUGAGUUCAUACAGAGGCAUUCAAUUCCUUCUCCUCUUCUUUUAGAUCAGAUGAAACAUUUUCCUACUGGUUCUAUGAUCCCAACAUCGAAGCCCAAUUUUAUGCUCAAGAUAUCAAACAAUGGAAACAGAAGAAGCUUUUAUCUCAAUGAUAUCCUGAUUAUUAGCCCGGAUAUCUGCACUGCAGGGUUUUCAAUCAGAUGCCAUGGAAUAAAUGGGGUGCUGUUGAGUACAGAACCUGAGCAAAAUGGUACUGCAUUGCCUCCUUCAUCCCACUGUGUGACAAGUCCAAAUAGUGCACCUGGAGCUGAACCUAGUCCAACGCAGUCAUCACCUUUAGAAGAUUCCCAGGAUCUGGUUCCCGCAAUCUCCCCGUCACCCAAUCACUCGGGAUUCCACACGUCAGAAUCCUCACAAGCACUUGUUGUACUGUUAUUGCACUCUGUAAUGACCUGUAUGAUACUAUCACUGGUGUACUACUAAUUAUUGAAACUUCUAUGAAAAGAAUUAGUUAACCGAAAGACAGUCUAACACCCUAUGCACAGUCCAAAUGGAUGAGAUAAUAUGUUUAUCUGUAUUUUUUUUUUAAUUAUAUGUGCUACUAAGUCCUAAUCGGAAGACUCGAAAUCUAACUUAAUAACAGGAGAGGUACAUAUGAUUGAUGGAUAGA